CGCAGCCCAGCCGGCCUCAGUCUGACUCAAGCGGUGCAAGGCGAGGCACACAAGAGGCUGAGCUGAGCCCGUCCCGUCCAGUGCAGUGUUAGCAGUGUGGUCACGGCCUGAACGCCUCAGCAACUUUACCUACCUCCGCCAUGGCAGCAGUCGGACUAUCGCAGCACGGUCUGCUGUUGGCCGCGGUCGUGCUGGCCUGCUGCGCCGCCGCGCCCGCCCUGGCGUCGUCGUGCGACUUCCAGGCCGAGUGCCGGCCCGGCGAGACCUACCGCCUCGCCAUCCCCUGCGAGGGCAAGUGCUCCAACUACAUCCAGUGCCAGGACGGCGAGGCGGCCGAGAAGAAGUGCGGCAAGUUCCUCUGGCAGCAGAAGCAGUUCGACGCGCAGGCGCUCGAGUGCGUGCGGACGACCGACUGCGACUGGUGGAAGAAGGUCGUCUCCACCACGACCAGCACCAGCACGACCACGGCAGCGUCCACCAGCACCCCCGUGAGCACGCCCACCACCACGCCCACCAGCACGCCAGCUCCCGAAACCACGGAGGCGACUUCCCCUCCAACCGUGACUCCAGAGCCGAGCAGUUCCUCUUCCAGUGAGCAACCCACCACCACCCCCGCCCCCGGCACCACGCCUGCCCCCAGCAGUACGCCACCCCCAUCCGAGUCGGGCGCGCCCGCCCCACUGGCCGCGCUGGGACCGGCGCUGCUCGCCGCCAGCAUCGCUCUCAUCCUGUAGACGCUCUGAUGUGUCGCCCUCGAGUCACACCAAAAGAAUCUCAUUUCCUCUCGAUUUUGACUGUAAUUUAAUACGCAGAGACAAACUGUUGACGAUUGCUGCCCAUUGAUACAAGCUGUGAUGUGUGUUGUGAAUAUAAAGACUGUAAAUAAACUUUAUAUAUAGUUACCUAAA